CACACUAGUGGAAGGCGCAGCGGUAAUAAACGAGAAAAAGCCAAGUUUAAAUGCAAUUUUUCCGUAUUAAAUUGCAACUGAAAUGCACUUCAGGUUAAGCACUGCAUCGCCCAACAGUACCAGAAGUUCACGAACGGCUUAAAGUCGCGCAGAGGAGGGAAAACACGUUGAAAUGUAGAUGCCCACGAGCAGCCGCCGCAGUAGCAAUAACAAAAGCAAAAGUGAAAUUAGCGCCGCCAAAGAAGUGCAAGUGCUCAAUAAUAAGGCGGCGCCAUGGAGAACCUCAAGAUAAGCGACAAACUGUUCGAAGAUGUGAUCUACUUUGUAGUGGGAAACCUGGACGACGAGAUCGAACGCUUUCUAAAGAGCGGUGGCGCCCAGUCGAAGCUGUUUCUGUCUGACCAGAUCACGCAUAUGAUAUGUGCCACCAACUACAACGAGGAGGAGCUGUCUAUGAACCUUGACCUUUACAGUGCAAUUCCCGUGACCGAGCAAUGGAUCGUGCAUAGCGCAAAGCUGGGCCGAAUGGCCUCGACGCGGGCCUUCGACCCGAGUCCCAAUCAGCUGCGUCUGAUGCGCGGCAUUCGAGCGGCCAUCACCAAUGUGGUGGCCGGGGAUCGGAGGCGCCUCUACGCCAUGUUGACCUACCAUGGUGCCGUCGUUACGCAUAGUUUCGGGGCCACUAACACGCAUCUGGUAUGCGGUGCGGCCAACGGUGGCAUCUACAACAAGGCGCUGGCGCUGCCCAAGAAUGCCAUCAUCAUUGUGACUCCCGACUGGGUGACAGACAGCCUUAAAUACAAGAACUGCAUGCCGGUGGAGUCGUAUCAUCCCAGACUACUGAAGCCGAUCGAAAAACAGAGAACGCAAAAGCAGCAGGCCACGCAGCAACAAAUCCAGCAGCAACAGUUGCAACACCAACAGCAGCUGCAACAACAGCAACUUCAACAACAGCAACAACAACAACAGCAGCAGCAGAUCAUCCAGCAGCACACACCUCCUACAUCCACACUGUCGGACAUCCUGGGCUUCGGGGAGGACAGUUUGGCUGCCAAGAGCAUAGCCAGCAUCAAAUCCCAGCUGCAAGCCUCUGCCGAACAAAUCCAGCAGCAACAAUUGCCAGUGCCCGCCCAGCAACAAGUGGUAUUUGUGCGCCCCCAGCCGCAGGGGCAGCAGUCAGCGCAACAAUCGCCACACCAGUUGCAACCAGUCGGACCCCAAGCACCUGCUCCACCUCCGCACCCACAGCAUCAACAGCAAUUGAUAAUACAGCAGCAGAAGAUUAUACCCGCCAAUCUACAGCAGCAACCACAGAAUCAGCAACAGAUCAAAAAUAUCCUACAGCAGCAGAGGCAAAUAAAAAACACACAGCAACAACAACAAAUUCAAAUGAUUCAGCAGCAACAACUAAUGCAACAGGAUCCCCAGGCGCAUCCACAGCAGCAUCCACAGCCGCAACCUCUACCGCAUCCCCAGCCCCUUUCCCAGCCAAUUCCACAGCAGCACGCGCAACAACACCCCCAACAACAGUCACCCAGACUGCCAACAACUCCAACAGGUCGUCAGACACCACGAACACCAUCGACGACACCGCAGCCCGUCCAAUCCCCUCAGCAUCACCAACAGUUAGUCCAACAACAACAAAGUGUGCAGCAACAAGUGGGUCAACAACAACCUAUUAUACAACAGCAGCAAAUAGUUCAGCAACAAGUUCCCCAACAAGUUCAACAGCAACAACCACAACAACAAUCUGUGCCUGUUUCUCCACAGGUCAUACACCAACACCUAAUGCGGCAGCAACAAAUUUUGAACCAGAAUCAAAUGCAAUUGCAGCAAAUAGUUCAAAGCGGUCAAGCUCUAACUCCACAACAGCAACAACAGCAGAGACAAAUUCAGCAGCAAUUACAGCAAGUGCUGCAGCAGCAACAACAGUUGCAGAUGCAAAUGCAGCAGCAACAACAACAGCAGCAGCAGAAUCUGCAACAACAGUCGCCACGGAUGGUGCAAAACCGUUCGCCGGUAAUGCCUCCGAGUACACCCUCACCAUCUUUGCAACAGCAACAACACCAUACCACCAGCAAUAUGUUGCCGCCACAGUCACCUCGUCAACUACAAUCGCCUGCUCCACAGAUGACUCCACCACCCCCGCCCUCGCCACAAAGCGCCCAACAGCAACAUUUGCGUCAGCAGCAACAACAAAUGCAGCAGAGUCGUCAGCAGCAUAUGAUGGGCUCGCCGCAACAGCCACAACCGCCUUCUAUGAUGUCCCCGCAGCAACAGCAACAAAUGCAACCCUUCCAACAGCCCGUCCAUCAGCAACAGCGCAUGCAGUUGCAGCAGCAGCAACAAUUGGCCCAGCAACAACAGCAGCAGCAGCAGCAGAGUCCGCAGCAUAUUUCUCCCCAGUCACCCCAGAUUUCACAAACUCCACCAAUGCAAGCCAAGCUGCAUCAGCAUCAGGCUGUUCCGGGACAUGCCGCCCAGCCGCAACAAUCCUUCUCCCAGCAGAAGCCUAUUGAUCCCACGGAUCCUGUCCAAGUGGCUCAGGUGUUAAGUCGUUCUGCAUUGAGCAGCAAUCAGGACUCGUUAAUAAUGAGGCAACAACAAUUGAAGCAACAACAGCAGUUGCAACAACAGCAACAAAUGGCACCACAACCACAACAGCAACAAAUGCCACAGCAACCGCAGCAGCAGCAACAACCACAACAGCAACACACCCCGUCACCGCGACAAUCUCCGCUGCAGCAACAACCCACCACGCCCACCUUACAACAGCAGACACAACCUCAAAAUCCUCAACAACAACAGCAGCAGCAACAACAGCAGCAACAGCAACAACAACAACAGCAGCAACAGCAACAACAACAACAGCAGCUGCAACAACAACAUCAGGUCUUGGCACAGCAACAACCUCAGCCUGGACAACAAGUCAUCACCCAGCGCCACGUUAUAAACACAUCUACGGCCCAAGGACAACAAAUCAUUCAGAGCCAUAUGUCUUUAGCUUUGCAGAAACAGCAGCAAAUGUUGCACGUUCAACAGCAAACACAACAGCAGCCGCAACAGCAACAACAGCUUCCUCAGGCACAGCAACAGCUUUCCCAGGCACCGCAGCAACAACAACUAACACAACAACACCCCCAACAACAACAAGUUCAAUUUACACAACAGCAGCAAAUCGCGCUUGGGGGAGGUGGUCAAGUGCGAAUAAUUCAGCAAACAAUUCAACGACCACCAUCUAACGUCCAGCAACAGCAGCAAGUUUCACAGCAACAGCAACAGAUUAUUGGCCAAUUUCCACAGCAACAGCAAUUGCAACAACAACAACCUCAGCAGCAAAUCCUUGGAGUUCAGCAGUCACAACAGCAUCCCCAACAAAAAACGUUUAUUAUUAGUCAGCAGCACUUUAAUCAGCUCAGCGUGCAACAGCAACAACAAAUUCUCGCGCAAAAUCCGCAAAGCCAAAACGUUUACGUUGUCAAUCAGACCCAACAGCAACUUGUGCAUCAACAACAAAUGUUGCAGCAGCAGCAAAUUAUACCGCAGCAGCAACAACAGCAACGGAUACAAAUGCAACAACAGCCGCAACAGAUUGUUGUAAACCAGCAGAUACUUAGCGAUCCGCAGCGCUUGCAGUACCUACAACAACAGCAGAUGAUGCAAAAACAACAACAGCAGCAACAACAGCUUGUUGGUCCGCCGCAACAACAGCAACAAAUACUCAUUCAACAACAGCAACCUCCCCAACAGCAACAGAUAUUGCAGCAAAAACUUCCCAACGACCCCCAGCAGCAACAGCAGCAACAAAUAAUGCAGCUCAUCACACAGCAACAACUGCCGCAGCGCACGCCUCCCCCACAACAACAGCUAAUACUGCAGCAACAGCAGCAAUCACCGCAACACCAUCAAAUGCAGCAGCAGCAUUGGUCACCCCAGAGCCCUGCUGGCGGUCAAAUGGCGCCUAGCACCCCGGGAACGCCCACCAGUAGCGUGGGAAUGCAGUCUCCAUUGCCCGGAGGACCAACAACCCCACAGCAGCAGGCUCAACCACAACCACAAUUUGUUGCGCGAGGAUUGCGUCCGCAAACCUCUUGGCCGGGCCAGCCACAACAGCAACAACCGCAACCCCUUCAGCAGCAGAUCGUGCUACCGCCACCUCAACAACAACAACAACAACAUCAACAACAGGCACAGGUGGCGCAACAACAACAGCUGGUACUGCAGCAGCAGCCACAACAACAGAAAAUAGUAGUGGAUGAAAAGACUCACGCACAUAUUAUGUCCCUCGAUACUCUAAAGCGUGCCGAGUACAUUACCAAGUUGAAUCAGCAGAACAAACCGCGAGUAAUGCUUCGUCAGCAGGUGGCUUACCAGCCACGACCCGGUGCACCGGGCAACAUAGUCACAACACGACCGGCCGGUCCCGUUCCGCCCGGGCAUAUUAUUGUCCAACAGCAAAUGCCACCGGGAUUAACGCCUCAGCAACAGGUACUCUGGUUACAGCAGCAGCAAGGAAAAAGACAGGUUGUUGUUCGUGCCGGAACUCCUGGCCUGAGUCCAAUUCAACAGCAGCCGGGAGUGGGACCUCCGCAGCAGCAACAGUCGCCGCAACAGCAGCCUUUUAACCCAAAUGAUCCCAACCAGCAAAUGCUGAUGCAGCGGCAACAGUUGCGCGUCCAGCAGAUUCCCAUUCAGCAACAAGGGCCGCAGCAGCUGGGCAAGCAAACGGUGCAGCUCAUCACUGGACCCAACGGACAGCUGAUAGAACAACAAACGAUUGUCCAGCAGCCACAGCAGCAGUCCACUCCGGGCACGCCCACCACUCCAGGCGCUGCGGGCGUUAUUCCCGGAAAUGCCAAUAUAAUGACGCAAACUUUGGUCAUGACAACAACACCCGAUGGACAGCCCCAGCAAACACCACAGCAGAUGAACCUGAAAACCAAAACGGCCUUGGCCAACAUGUUGAGCAACCGAUUGGGAAAUAAUGGAGCUCAGCAGCAACUAAUUCAAUUACCCGAUGGCCAGCAGCAGCCACAACAACAACAGAUUGUCCAACAAGUGGUGGUGACCGGAGCCAUUCAGCAGCAGCAACAACAAUUGUUGCUGCAACAACAACAACAACAACAGCAGCAGCAACAGAUGGUUGUCCAGCAACAACUGCCACCGCAGCAACAUGUGGAGCCUCCGUCGGCAGCUGGAGCUCUGAGAAUGAUGGGCCAGCAACACAGCGCAUCCGCCGGCGUGCCUGGACCUCCGCGAACGCAGCAGGAGUUGCUGAUGUUGCAGCAACAGCAGCAGCAACAAAUGCUGCAGCAGCAGCAAAUGCGCAGAGUGGUCGCCGUACCGCAACAACAGCAGGCACCGCAGCAACAUCUGGUCCAACAGCAGAUCGUGGUCGCUCCGCCACAGUCGCCGCAGCAGCAGCAACAGAUGCCAGUAGGUGUGGGUGUGGGCGUGGGAGUGCCAGUGCAGCGGACACCUCACGGAUACAUUCAGAGCCGUCCUGGACAGCCGCCGAUACCGAUGCCGCAAUUUUAUGGCCACAAUCCGAACCUAAAACUGCCAGCAGAUCUCUUUCUGGUAGGCUGCACGUUCUUUAUCGUGGAAUAUGACGAAACAGACGGCGAUGAGCUUCCCAUUUGGCUUGAUACGAUCAGGCAGUUUGGCGGUGAUAUCGAACGAGUCUACUGUCCUCGGGUGACGCACGUUAUCUGCCGUACUCAACGACACGGCGUGGUGAUGCAGGCGUUACGGGAUGCCAAGCGUUGUGUCACCGCUUACUGGCUAAGUGAUAUUUGCCUCAAGCGGCAGUUGAUGCCUCCCUGGCAGCCGCUUCAUCUGCCAUUCCCUAGCCAGUUUGGCUACCGCAAGCCAUUGGAACGCUACAUCAUAACCUCUGAGGGAUUCGAGGGCGAGGAGGUCGUGAGACUACAGCAGAUGGCAGAGGAAUGCGGAGCCAUCUACACCUCCUAUCUGUCCAAGGUGAACACUGUGGUCGUGUGCAAGCAGCUCGAGGGCAACAAGUUCAAUGCGGCCAAGGAGUGGAACAUCCCGAUGGUCAAUGCCCUUUGGCUGAGCGACGUCUGCAUUGGCAACCUGAGCGGCCUCUCUCAGUACGACAAUCCCAAGUACCAGCAGUACAAUCUGGUCGCUCCAUUCCGCAUCGAAUGCAACUUGGUGGCGCAUCUGCUAACCGCUUGGAAGGCACCCAUUAAUCUUACCCAGGAGGCGCACGAGCGAGUCAAGCGUCAUCUGGCCGAUCCUUAUGGCAACGAGCACAAACUAAAGCGCCAAAAGAUGAACUCAUUCCAGCAGGAGCAGCUUCCAGAGCAAAUUGUCUGCCUUGAAUUCCCCACAACCACCAAGCCGCCGAAGGUUAUUUUCUCUCAGGUCGCCGAUGCUGAGGCAUUAAAAAAGGCUGUGGUGAUUUUGGGUGGAAUUGUGGUGGACAGCCCAGCAGAUGCCACUCACCUGGUAAUGACACGCGAGAGUCGUACCUGCAAACUAAUUCAGGCUUGCUGUCAUGUGGACUUUGUGCUUAAAUCAAGCUGGAUAGCGGAUAGUGCCAAGGCUGGUAAAUUUGUGCCAACCGAUCCGUAUCGCAUCCAGCACAUACCGGUGGACGAGAACCUACAGUUUAACCUGAACACUGUUCUCUGCGCACCCACUCGUUCCACACUGUUUGCUGGAAAAUACUUUCAUGUGACGCCGGACGUGUUCCCAGCCCGAGAGGAAAUUAUCCGAAUGAUUGAAUCGUCUGGCGGUAAAGUGGAGCCAAAACGAAGGACCGGUGGCGCUGUAGCGGAAACACACAUUCAGGCACCAGACUCCUACAUCAUUGUGACCUGUCCCACGGACAUGCAUCUUUGCGCAGAUCUCACGCGGCACGGAAACCCAAAAUGCCACAUUGUGUCCACUGAAUUCGUCAUGAGCUCAAUACUCAGGCAGCAGCUGGAGAUUGAGCCCAACCUGAUACCCUAUUUGUACAACAACAACAAUGUUAACAGCUGCAACAGUAACAAGUCCUAGCGCCGUGUGUUCUGGUUACUGUAGAGCCAAGAUAAGAUCUUAAAAUCACUGUAUAUUCACAAAAGAAUUUAUGCGAGCUGUUAUAUAAAUAUGUAAGAGAGCAUGGCAGAUAGACAAUUGAGCCACUUUAAAGUGUCAUUGGCCGACUUAUGCAAUUAUUUUUAGCCUGCCAUUUUCUUAUGAUAUACCAACACAAAACUAGUCCACAGAAUUCGUAAAUUUCGAUGGGCUUGCAAGAAUGGUAGAGUUUAUAUGGUCUUGGGCACAUCGGCAAAUCGGUCAUAGUAAUAAGUAAUGUAUCCUUCUAAUUUUAAAUAAUCAAUUUAUGUCAGAUUUUAGCCUCUGAGCUAACUCAUUUAAUUGUAUAUAUUUCUAAUAUUAGAGAAUAAUCUUACCGUUUUGAGUCUGCCAAUAAUACACAAAUAGAUUCUAUAUUUAAAUAAGUGGUUCAUAUAUAAAACAUCAUAACUGAUGAUUAUUUUUGUGGGCUAUUAUAAAUUUUUGGCAUAUAAAAUUUUAUACAUAAAACAAUGAUUGACCGAACUGGUAUGUAUAAAAAUUGAUGAUGUAGCAUGUAAUAAAAAAAUACCUUAAUUAGUGUUAGGAUAAAAGAUUCAUACAAUCAUUUUAUAUAUAUUUUUGUAGGUUCAGGAACCAUUACCUUUAGAAAGUCACAAAAAUGUACACAUACAUAUAUAUCCUAGAGUAUACGAAAUGUUUCACAGAAAUUGAUAUUGUCGGCUAUUAGAAUUUUAGGUACUUUUCACAUAGGUAAAGCCAAUAUUUUCCGAAUACAUAUUAGAGUUAGUUAGGCAUUGUACGAAGUGUAUGAAAUAAAAUAAUAUAACUCAAAAAUAUAAAAUCGUUAA